AUGACUGGAAAGGGUAGCGGUAAUAGCCUAUUUUCAAAUGACAUACAUACACAUACAUCGCAUUCCGAUACUACCAAAUCAAGUUUAUUUGGAUUGACAAAUGACAAUCAUCAACGGAUGCCAACUAGUGAACAAGAGUCGUCUUCUAUAAGCACUUUAGGAGGUAGUUUACAUCAAUUGACAUCUGAACAAAUCCAUAAAAUAAUCAGCAUGAAAUACAAGAAUGAUCCAAUAUUGUUAAUUAAACAAUUAUCAAUAGAUUUAGCCAACAAGGAAACUGAAUUGAUUUUAUUACGACAAGAGAAGUUUAUACGAGAAGCUCAAUUAUAUAAACUUUGUAAUGAAUAUGGUAACUUAUCGGCAUUAGAAAUUGAUCAGAAAUUGAAUGAAAUUGAGAAUAAGAAAAAGAUACCAAAACAGAAUGAUAUUGAUGAUAUUUUGACUGGAUUGAUUGAAGUAGCCAUGAAUAAUGAAUUACCAUCUUCAAAAGACAAACCGGAAAUACCGACAAAGCUAGUACCCAAAGAGAAUAUGAUUGAAAAACUAACGAGACCGAAUCGUACACGUACUCAUUCAGCUCCGGUAGAGAAUCCUCAACUGAAAAUCCCAGAACCCCAGGAUACAAGAGGAACCAAUUGGAUUACAGCUCCACACAAGAAGUGGAUAAAAUCAUUCUUUAUUUCACAAGAAGAUUUAUCUAGUGAUCAAAAUAGACCAGUCUCCAAACAGACACGAGAAGAGUUAAUAAAUUCACGAACGCCAGUCGAACUUGCGAGUUUUGCAAAUCAUGACGAAGAACUUGGGUCAUCAACAAGUAUUGGAACUCAACAACUUAUGAGUGAAGAUAUAAAUAUAGAUAAAUAUGGAUUCUUCACCGAUAGAACAAAUUUACGAAAUACAACCGCCACCAUCACAACUACAACAACCAAUGGACCGAACAACUCCAACCCGGCUACUGCCUCACCCAUUCAAAUGAACAAUAGUUUUACUGAAGACAAAGCCAUCUUAAUUACCAAUAGUGAAAGUAAUAACAAGCUCCAAUUCAUUGACAAAUUAAAAGAAAUGUCACAAGCUCAUGAUAUCAUAAAUGAUAAAUUUGAACAAGAUUGGAAUAAACUUAUCCAAGAUAUAAACCGGACAUUACUCCAAUCACAUCAUCCUACAAUUAUUCCAACUUCUUCCCCAUCAACAUUCCCCACAUUUGGUAUCAAAGGAUAUAAACUCCUUUCAAUCAGUCUGAUACUAUUCAACAAUAUCAAACAACUUAUAAACACCAAUGGGAUCCCCACCAAAUAUCGAGCCUGGUUAUGGAUGGAACUCAGUGGAGCUAAUGAAUAUAAAGUCAAUGGAGAAUAUCAAGCCCUUUUGGACCAACCUGCCGACGAGAUCCAAACUUAUUUAGAUCAGAUUGAAUUGGAUUUAGAUAGGACAUUGCCAUUUAAUUAUUAUUUCAAUAAUUUGAUUGAAUUGAAACGAGGGGUGAAUUAUUAUAAAUUAAAGAGGAUUUUGUAUGCUUUUGUUCAAUAUUGUCCAAAAGUAGGCUAUGUCCAAGGAAUGAAUAAAAUUAUUGGAACUUUGUUAUUGAGUAAUAAUAAUGUUGGAGAUGGGAAUCAUCAUUUAGUUGAAGAAGAUGUAUUUUGGUUAUUUGUGGGGUUGGUUGAAGAGAUAUUACCGAAAUAUGAUGGAGGGAUUAAAGUGUUUUUCGAUGAUUUAGGGAAUAUUCAUAGAGAUAAUUUGAUUAUUCUGAAAAGGUAUUUAUAUAAAUUCCAACCGGAAUUAUGGUUACAUUUUGAGAAAUUGGGUUUAGAGAUUGAAGUUAUAAUUAUGAAUUGGUGGUUAUGUUUAUUUAUCGAUUUGAAGUUUAUUAAUUUAGAUACUUGGUUUAAAUUAUUUGAUAAUUUGUUAAUUGGAGAUAAUCGUCGUCACCACCUCACUGGAUUGACUACCGAAGAACAUCACCAGGCGGGGCCUGACAUAUCGCAAGAAAAUGAAGAACACCAACAUGUAGAAGAUGAACAUGACUAUAGAAGUUUAAAAUUCAUAUCGAUAACUUUGGCGAUCUUGCAAUGUUUACUGCAUAUCUUAUUAACUAUGAAUGACAAAGAUGAAAUCCAUCAAUUCUUAUCAACAGAUAAUAACUUCAAAUUGGUUGCCAAAACUUCUUCUACAACUACUCCCAACAAGUAUAAUUUAAAAUUUCUGGAUUUGAUUAAACAUCAACUUCAUUUCUUUGGGAAAUUAUCAACUCGAGAAUUACGUACUUAUAGAAAGGAUAUCAACCAGUCAUAA